GUACAGGUUCCCUUUCUUGUGCAAAAUAGGCUUAGAUCCUCCCCUUGUUCUAACCGCUUAAGGCAAAAGGUGUAAUCUUUAGAUCUGAAAGCUUCUUUAAGGCUAACUGACAGUUGGUGAAAGUACUAUAGUGGACCAGACACUGUAAGUAUUCCUCUGUUGCUUACAUAGGUUGCCUAGUUACCGGACACUCCCUCCACCCACUGGGAAAGCGGUGCUCAUGCUGCUUGGAUAGAAGCAGAGCAGGGGGAAAGGCAGUUUUUACCUUAUUUGUGACUCUAGACUGAUUAUAGACCGGUAGCUUAUUAUCUAGCCAUGCUUAGGAAUGUAGUUAAGCACAUGGAUUCCCUCUUAGAUUCCUUUGUUGAUUUACUCUCUUGUUGACCUCAUGAGGAAACUUCCACUAACCACUCCUACCUUGUGCCAUAAAAGAAGCUGACAGGUAUUGCCCUGUGUGAAAAUCUUCUCUCUUCUUUAUGACCCUGAGAAACUCAAGCCUUGUGCUUUGCAUUGCCAAAGAAUUGCUGAUGGCCUUGCUUUCAUUUGAAGAUGUGGCCGUGACCUUCACUGUGGAGGAAUGGGGACAUCUGGACCUGGCUCAGAGGACACUGUACCAGGAGGUGAUGAUGGAGACCUGUGGGCUUCUGGUCUCACUGGGGCAUCGUGUUCCCAAGCCAGAGCUGAUCUACCUCCAGGAGCAUCGGCAGGGAGUGUGGGCAGGGCAGAGUGGCCUCUCCCAAUGCACAUGCACAGAUGAAGAAGCAAAAUCUGAUGAUGCCUCAAAACCCACUGCUCAGCUGACUUUCUAUUUCCGAGAACUACUACCACAGAGAUCCUCAGAGGACUCCAAGUUAGGGCAGACCAAGGAUAAAGAAACAUGGUCAGAAAUGCCAGGUGGGAACACAAGGAGAACAGACUCUUCCAAGGAGACAUGCCCUGGAAAGCUGAGUCAUAAACAUGAUGCUUUGGAGACAGAUGAUGGUCUCUGUUUACGAGUCUUACAGGCACAAGCUACUCCACGAGACUCUGCCCACGAACAUAAUCCCCAAAGACCCGAAAAAGAGCCUGUGAUUGAUGUAGGGAGUCUUUAUCAAUGUAAAGAUUGUGGGAAAGUGUUUAGGAAUAAUUGGACCUUAGUAUGGCAUCAGCAGAUUCAUGCUGGAAUAAAGCCUCAUGAGUGCAGUGAGUGUGGGAAAAUCUGUCAUCACAUGGCUGACUUUAUUCAGCAUAUGAGGAUUCACAGCGGGAAGAAACUGCAUAAGUGCAUCGACUGUGGGAAGGCCUUCAGACGCAGUUCCCACCUCACUGAGCACCAGCGGAUCCACACUGGAGAUAGACCCUAUGAGUGCCCAGAAUGCGGGAAAACCUUCUCCCAUCGCUCCACUUUCCUCCAGCACAAGACGACCCACUCUACAGAAAAGCCGUUCCUGUGCAAAGACUGCGGGAAAGCUUUUCACUACAGCUCUUCGUUUGCUCAGCACACGAGGAUUCACACUGGGAAGAAGCUGUAUGAGUGCAGCCAGUGUGGAAAGGCCUUUACUCACUCCUCCACUUUUGUAAAGCAUAAGAGAACCCAUACUGGAGAGAAGCCCUACGAGUGCAAAGACUGUGGCAAAGCGUUCACUCACCACUCCACAUUUCUCCACCACAGCAUGACUCACACGGGGGAAAAGCCCUUUGUGUGCCAAGAAUGUGGGAAAGCUUUUUGUGUCAAUGCAGCCUUCACUCAGCACAUGAGAAUCCACACUGGAGAGAAGCCGUACGUGUGCAGUGAGUGUGGAAAGGCCUUCACCCAGCGCUCCACUUUUAUCAGGCAUAAGAGGACACACACGGGGGAAAAACCCUUUGGGUGCAAAGAAUGUGGAAGGGCCUUUUGUGACACCUCUUCUCUGAUUCAACACAUGAGGCUUCACACUGGGGAGAAGCCCUAUGAAUGCAGCGAAUGUGGAAAGGCCUUCACCCACCACUCAGUUUUCAUCCGACACACUAGAACUCACAGUGCAGUGAAACCCUUGGAAUGCAAAGAAUGUGCCAAAGCCUUUUACUAUAGUUCUUCCUUCAUCCGGCACAUGAGAAUUCACACUGGAGAGAAGCCUUAUGUCUGCAGAGAAUGUGGGAAAGCCUUCACUCAACCUGCAAAUUUUCUUCGGCAUAGUAGGAUCCAUACAGGAGAGAAACCCUUCGAAUGCACAGUAUGUGAGAAGGCUUUUUAUGACACUUUUGCCUUAAUUAGACACAUGAGAACUCACACAGGAGAGAAGCCCUUUGAGUGCAGUGAAUGUGGAAAAGCCUUCAGCCAUAAUUCUUCCUUCCUUCAGCACCGAAAGAUCCAUAGCAGGGUUUAAAAGAUACAGGACAAUCUUUUAGUUGUGUCCACCUCCAUCCACACCUGAAUAGCACAUGCUAGCAAAACACUUUUCAAUGUCACUAUCAGGGGAAAUCGUAUGGCCAGAGAAAUAAUUUAGUUUCUGGAAAUUCAUACUGAAGAGACACGAUUGUCAUCCCUAUAACGGCUUUUUGUGGUACAUCAUCAUUUGUCAUCUAAAGAAUUAUGUAUUAAAAAUCAGCCCAGCCUAAGCUUUGCACAAUAUCUGAGAAUUGUCUGGAGUAAAACCCAGUUUUGCUAGGCAUUUAGGUAAAUGUCAGCAGCAAUCAUCCUUUUAUUUAUACAGCAAACCUAACUUGGGUAUUUUAAAGCAGCAAGGAAAAAGGAGGAGACAAAUGAGCAAAGGUGAAAAAAAAUGUAUGCAUGACCUCUCUGAUUUCCCUAGGAAGCAGUGAAAUUGUCAUGGUAGCGUGAGAGAUCUAAAAGACCUCACCCCCAUGUGUUUUCACACCCCCAGAGAGCUGCACCAUUAGGAGCACUAUUCCAGCAUUUCUUUUUCUUUUUUAAUAAAAACUUUUCCAUACAAUAUAUUUUGAUCAGAUUCUUUUCCGUCCCCCAAACAUUUUUUUUUCAAUGGUUUUGAUUAUAGGAGCUAGUUUUGUUUGUUUUGUUUUGUUUCCUUUUGUUGGUGUGUGCCACUGUACACAUGUGGAAGUCAGAUGAUAGUUGCCAGGAAAUUGAACUUGGGCUGUCCUACUAGGGUGGCCAGUGCCUUUACCAAUGAGCCAUCUCACUGGCCACCUUGCCAACAUUUAUUAUAAGUAAACCCUGAUUUUUGUCCUUGAGAAGUGCAGGUAGUGUGACAAAUAGAAAGGCCUGAGUCAUAAAUACUCAUAUACAUACAUCUUUAUAUUUGUAGUUGUCAGAGCCGGCCAGCAGUCAGCUGGGUAGCUGGGUAGAGGCGUGCGGAUUGAAGAGACAAUGAAGAGGACAGAAAAGAGUCGAGAGGUCUGCCGGUCAGCGCCGCACGGCCCCGAGUUUAUUUCACAGCCAGUUUAUACACAGUUUUGAAGGACAGAGGUAGAACAAUGCACAGCACAGGCAUUCAACCACUAUCUAUCCUACCUUGCGUCAAGGAGCAGGCAGUUUCAUUUUCUAUCUCAAUGUACCUCCGGCUGGCAUCAGCAGCCUGCAUCUACUAGAUAGUGUGUUCCUUCCCAUGGGCUAAUCAGGACCUUCUCACAGCCCUUCAAGGAGACUCUGUGGGCUAAUUAGGUCUUUCUCAAAGACCUGGAGCAAGCAAGCUUGAACUCUAUUGACUCAGAAUAGACUUCAGAUUCAAACUGGGAAACUGAGUCAGUUGUGGGCUCCCACAUGUAGUGAAUUCUUAUUUGUGAUAGUUCUAGUCUUAGAAUUUACAGUUCACCAAUUUCAGUACUGAACCUCUGUUGCCAGGGAAAACUGAGGCUGUAUUCUUUUUUUUUUUUUUUUUUUUUUUGAGAGAGAGAGGGUUUGUCUGUGUAUCCCUGACUGUCCUGAAAUUUGCUCUAUAAACCAGGCUGGGAUUUAAGACCUUCACCACCACCACCCAGCUUAGACUCUAUUCUUAUGCACCUCUGGUAACUAAACCUUUUCAUCAGCCAUUCAAUAGCUAAGCUUUUUCUAUUUAAACACACCAUACUAAUUAUACAUAUGUUAAUAUAUUUAUACUUACUGUUCUUUCUAAUAAUGAUAAUUAUGCUUUUUAAAUGUAAUGGACUCAAGUACAUUGUGAGUUAGUGUGUUAAAUACAUGCAUGCACAGUACAUAUGUUUAGCAGUUAUGAACAGGAAACAGUAUUGACUACAGGGCUGUACUGUACAAUACAGCCAUACAAAUAUACUUCUAAAAACUUGAAGCCAAAGUAAAUAACUCAUUAAAAUUCUAAUUUGUUGGA